UGGAGGCGGCAAAGGUGGGGUGGGAGGGGGUAGGGGGAGCGGAGUAGCCAAGGUGUCCGGAGCCCACAGCCGGCGCCAUGAAGAAGUUCUUGGCCUUCGGGAGGAAGGAGGGCAAGGGCGAGUCGUCCUCCUUCGGCAGCGUGUGGAAGACCCUGGUAGGCGCCGCGGAUGAGGUUCCUCAGAAGGCCUACACGAAGACCUUGUACAACAUCCACCCGGAAGAUCUCAAGCCCAUCCAUGGGGCUGCCUGCCGGGGUGAUGUGGAGAAAGUGAGGCGUUUGCUUUGGAAGAAACCCUGGAUCAUAAAUGAUAAAGAUUCUAUGCACAGGACUGCCCUACAUUUGGCCUCUGCCAAUGGCCGUGCAGAAGUGGUAAAACUCCUGGUAGACAACCAGUGCAAACUCAACAGGCAUGACAGGAAAAAGAGGACACCUCUGAUAAAGGCCGUCCAAUGCCAGGAGGAGGAAUGUGUGACUGUUCUGCUGGAAGAUGGUGCCGAUCCAAACGUUCACGAUCUCUAUGGCAACACUGCUCUUCACUAUGCUGCCUAUCACCAGAACAUAGCAAUAGCAGAAAAACUGCUUUCACACGGUGCAUUUAUUGACCCAAAAAACAAGAUUUACAUCACACCACUUUUACUUGCUAUAAGUGAAAAAAGAGAGGAAAUGGUGGACUUUUUAGUAAAGGCUGGAGCAAACAUAAAUGCAGUUGAUAAGUUGAAAAGAAAUGCUCUCAUGCUUGCGACAGACUCUGAGUCUUCACAUAUAGUCAGUCUUCUUCAGCAAAGUGGUGAUGUCUCUUCUGAAGUUCUCUUAGAACAGGCUGCAGAAGAUCAUGACAUUGCUAGUGAUUUUAAUAGCAUUCCCCAGCAAACUUCGGAACAUGAAGAAGAAAACAUACUGGAAAAUUCUUCUCAAAAUAGUGAUCCAGAGAAUGAGAUCACCGAAGACCCUGUGUUCAGGAUUUCCAUCAAACCGGGUAUUAAUGAUUUUUGGCUUGAGUCAUUUGUUGGACACUUCGAUGAUGAUACCAAGAAUGUUCUACAACCAGGGUUAAUAAAGCCAAUGACUGCUUCUCAGCAACCCAUGAAAAUGGUACAAGCAAAAUGUAUUAGGAGAACAGAUGAUGGAACCUUCUUUGAGGACAGUAUUUUUAAUCAUCCACAUGUGGUUCAAAGCUUUCCUACAUCAUCAGUCGAAGUACAGGGCUUUCAUAAUACUUCCAUUGAACCACCUGGCCCUGGUGUGAAAGCUUUCUUCAAGUCUUCAACUAAGGAAGGUUGUACAGAGGAGGAGAGAGCAAAGCCAGGCACUGCAAAAAAGGAAAAUGGUAUUGGCAUUAUUGAAAAUGCUUCACAAGAGCAAAAAAAUUAUGUCAAUUUUACUGUACUGUACAAAAAUAGCAUAAGUGAUAAGAUGUCGGCAUUAGGCUCUCCACAAAAGGAAGAUGAAGAAUCACCUUGGGAUUCAGAUGAAGAGGAGGAGAUAGCAAAGCCAGCAACUGCAGAAAAGGAAAAUGGUAUUGGUGUUAUUGAAAAUGCUCCACGAGAGCAAAAAAAUAAUAUCAAUUUUACUGUAAUGCACGAAAAUAGCACAAUUGAUAAGAGGUGCUUGUUAGGAUCUGGACCAAAGGAAGAUGAAGAAUCACCUUGGGAUUCGGAUGAUGAGGAGCUAACAGCAAAUCCAUCAACUACAAAAAUGGAAAAUGGUAUCGGUAUUAUUGAAAAUGCUCCUCAAGUGCAAAACACCAGUGGCAGUUUUACUGCUGUGUGCCAUCAUAACAGAAGUGGUAAGAUGUCUGCAUUAGUAUCUGGAGAAAACGAAGUUGUAGAAGUACGUUUGGAUUCGACUUGUGAGAGUAUCUCCAAGAAUCCUCUACAGAAGGAUGUUGGUCCUUCAUCUAUGGCUGUAGAUCAAAAAGGAAGAAAUACAGUAAAUGGACAAAUAGAAGGUUCAUAUCAUGAAAAUUUGAGUUCUUCACCACAUCGUGACAGAGCAUCAAAAGUAUAUCUAAAAGAAGAAUUACAGCAAGAUAUGCAAAAGUUUAAGAAUGAGGUAGACAUGUUACAAGAAGAAUUCCCAGCUGUGGAGAAGGAAAAAGUUCCGCUUGAAAAAGAGUUUGAAGAAGGAAGGAAGGAGCACAAAAAUAAUGAAAUGAAAGUAUCAGAAAACCUAUACGAUGGUGUUGCUAACGUCAGUGACAAUGAAGGAUCGUUUGAACAGAGAAAGAGGGGCAGAACUGGUCUUCAGCACUUCCCUAGGAAGAAGGACAAGGAGUGUGAUAGUAGUGGUCCUGCAUCGCAUAUAAAGGAAGUAAAGAAAAAUGGAAAUGAAAAACGGACCUCAAACAAAUCUAUGAUGACAGCAAUGUUUGAAAAGCCCAAAUUACUAACUGGUGGUCUGCUUCCAGUGAAUGAUGACAGCAAUUUACGUGAAAUAGAACAGGAUGAAGGAAGGCCAGCAAUGAAAACAUCUAACAAAAAGAACAAGGUCAAACACAAAAUACGUUCUAUGGGUGAUAUUGAUGACUUAACUGGAUCAUCUGAAAUAGCCCUAGAGGAUCAUGAGUUGCCUUACUCUGCUUAUAAGCAGUUUAUGCUGCUCAUCAAACAACUUGGAAAGGAUUGUAAACAUUCUGUUAGCCUGAUGAAGAUACAGGAUGCAUUUCUUUCGCAAGAAAGAAUAAUAGAAAUUAAUAAAAAUUACUGUGAACGACUUAGACUAAAACUGGAAAAAACAAGAAAUAAGGUUGGCAUACUACAAAAGGAGCUAUCAAAAACAGAAGAAAUAAAAUCACAUUUAGAACAUCAAGAAGUUGUAUGGGAACAUGAACUCUGUACUGCGAGAUUUACCUUAAAAGAAGAAGAAGAAAAGAGAAGAAAUGCUGAGAGGUUAUAUGAACAAAUGAGGGAAGGUUUAAGAAGAAAAGAAGAAGAAUGUAAGAGAGAAGCUGAAGUGAAACAACAACUUGAACUGACUCUGAAAAAGCAAAAUGAGGAAUUGCAGACAUUAAGAACUUAUUUGUCUCAGAUUUGUCAUAGCCAAGAAAGAGAAAAAGAUCUACUUCAUAAAAAUCGCAUGUUGCAGGAACAAAUUGCCAUGCUGAGAAUGGAGAGAGACAAAAUUAAAAGUCAGAAUGAAGAAAUUGAAAAGAAAUAUCUGAAGGACAUGAAAAUUACAAAAGAAAAGGAUGAUGAUGCUCAAAUUAAUAUAAUACUGAAUUUGGAAACGUUAACUAAAACUGGAUCUCAGUAUGGUGAACAGCUUUGUGUUCUCACAGCUGAGAAUGCAAUGCUAAAGUGUAAACUGGAGAGUGAAACACAAAACAAGGAAAGACUGAAAGAAGAAGUUGCAUCUUACCAUUCUAGACUUACUGCCACUUCACAUGAUCUUGAUGAAAGUGAGACAUCAAGAAAACACCUAGAACUUGCUUUCCACACAGCAAGAGAUGAGUGGUUUCACUUACAAGAUAAAAUGAAUUUUUACAUAUCGAAUCUAAAAGAAAACAAUGAGAUUCUUUCUGAAAAACUGUCUAAAGCAGAAAGUAAGAUCGGUAAUCUGGAAAAGGUACUCCAUCACACAAGAGAGCUCCUCCAAGAAAAGACGUUUUUAGAAGACGUACAAAGAGACCUAAGGCAAACACAGUGCCAAACGAAGGAAAUCGAACAAACGUAUCGCAGUGACCAAGGCAAAGUGAAUUCAUACAUUGGCAAGCAGGGAUCUCUAGAGCAGAGAUUGUCUGAACUACAAAGAGAAAAUAUGUUGCUUCGACAGCAACCACAUGCUGCUGACAACAAAGCUGCCCAGAAAGAGGAGACAGGAACUAAUAUCCAGGACUCAUAUCAGGAUAUUAUGAAACAAAGUCAAGCCGAGAGUGACAAGCAAAGUCUGCUUCUAGAAGGAAAACUUCAGGAGCUCGUCAAUGAAUGUGAUCAUUUAAAAGAAAGAAUGUGUCAUUUGGAAAAAGAGUCUGCAGAAAGAAAAGUACUUGUGAGUCAUCUACAAGAACUGGCUACUACCUUGACAAAACAACCAAUGUCAGAGGCCUUUGCAGAGGUUUCGCCAUGUCACAUUAAUUUAGAAGAUGAGACGCCGGGUUCAAUGAAGAUACUACAUCAAAUCAGAAGUCAAAUCGAUCAACUAAAACAAGCACUGGAAUUUCCAUGUUCAAAAUGUCAACAUCUAAAUACAAAGAAUCAAGUUGUUCAACCAGAAUCAUUAUCUAUGGAAAUAACACGAAAAAAGUAUAAGAAACUACAGGAGAAUAAAAAGAAGUUGAAGCAAGCAAUAGUAGACCUCAGAAAUUACAUGGAAAGGAAUAUGAUAGACCGUGGUCAAGUUGCCCAGUAUAAACGGGAGAUUGAAGCAAACGCCAGACAGACUAUUGUAGAACAAUUAAAAGAAAUCAAUCUGUUUUUACAGGAACAAGCAGCACAACAAGAAAAGAGAGAAGAAUUAAGAGAGAAUCAAGUGGCUUCAGUAAAGAAUGAGAUGGAACUAAGAGUUAAAGUUCUCGAAUCUGAACGCCACAAAAUGAAAAUGUCUCAAGAAGAAUUUAAUAAUGUUGAAUUGGAAAAAUAUAAGCUUCUUUAUGAAAUAGAACUAGAAGCUAAAAAAUCCUUGGCAUGUAAACCAAAAACAUAAGUCAAAAUAUGGAAUCAUGGAAAAUAAAUUAAGCUCAUUAAUUCGACUUGAAAGCAUAAUUUUUAGUGGGACAAGUUCAUGAGAUUGGCAGGAUGUAAAAGCUAACUAGAUACUAUAAUUUUGAAAAUGAUACAGUUUAAAUGAACUUACUUUUAAAAUGUUCAUCCAGGACUGUUUGUCUCUCACCUUCUUUUGAUUUUAAAACCCCUUAUUAUUCUCAUGUAGUUAACCUGGUCUAUUAGCCUUUCAGCUAAGUAUUUUUGAAGCUUUAUAAUUGGGACAGUGAUAACUGUUCUAAAAUUGCUUUUAACAAUUCCGUUCAUUAGAAAUAUUAAUGAGUUUAACUAUUUUUUUGGAAGAUGACCACUUAAACUGAAAGGGUCAAGUAUUCCUCCUCCUGCUGCUGCUCUUGGCACCUUUUGGCACUCAGUACAUUAACUUUCCUUCAUGGUGAUCUUUGGAAUUAUCAGUAGGGGGCGCCUUGCAACCAACAAUACUUUAUAGUUUUUCCACUCUAAAGUCAUGUGUGUGAAAUGGGGAAUGGCUAAAACAGGGAAGAAGGGAAGUAUAAUUCACAAGGUGGUUAAAAAUAAUCCUUUGGUCAGUCUGAGGAUCAGAUGUAUGGAUGACAAAGGAAAGGCCCCCCUCUGAUGUGUUAAUAACAAUGUUAGGAGUGCACUACCUUUAGAGCUGCCUUAGUUCUGUUUGAUCACCAGCUCCACUAUCUCAUUGUCCCCUUGGAGCUGGUACUCUUAUUCCUCAGUGCAAAAUGCUUGAUUUUCCCACAUGAUGAGUGAAAUGUACAAGGGUGGUGAGAAUGUCUUUGAGGGAUGUUUUUCUUAAAUCUGUAAAUUGCCUUACUAAAACAAAUAUUUCUAGUUUUUUUUUUUUUUUUUUAGUUUUAGUCUUUUAUUGUAUGUACUUAAGGAAUACAACAUGAUGUGUUGAUACAUAUUGAAAUGGCUGUUAUAGUCAAACAAAUUAAGGUAUUCAUCAUCUCAUUUCCCCUUAAGUACAAGUAUUUCUAAUGAUAUCUUCAAGAAUCUUGUAAGUAGUGCUAUUCCAAAAGACAGCAAGUAUUACCUGUUAAGCCAUAUGUCAUCGAUAGCCAUUUCCUCUCCCCUCCUUACUUUGAGUUACUUGUUGUUAUCAAAAUUCCACUAGGGAUACAUGUACUUCUUCAAAACAAUUUUAAAACUAUAACUGCAUCCAGUAGACAUGCUCUGACACAUAUUCAGAAUUACAACACUGUUUAAUGGGAAAUUCCACUUUCUGAAGAUAACUUUUUAAAAAGUAUAGUCAUUUAGGAAAAAAUGAAAUAGUAAGCUUUUGUGUUUUGUAAUCUUCCCAGCAUGAAUGAGAGACUAGCAGAGCUCAGUAGCAAACUCCCUGUGGA